CGGCCACAUCUUCCGGCUCAGGUGCCCAACGCCGAAGCCCGCGGGGCGGGCGUCCGGGAGUUCCCGGAAGUGGUCGGGCCUCUGGUUUCCGGUGCGGGUCGGGAAAAAUGUCGGUGGUCGCGGUGCUGCCAGCUCUGGCGCGGAUGCUUGCUGUGUCAAGGCGCCACCUAGUGUCACCUUCGCUCAGCAUGACACCAUUCAGAUGCUUCUACAGAGGUGACAGCCCGACCGAUUCCCAAAAAGACUUGAUUGAAAUCCCUUUGCCUCCAUGGCAGGAGCGAACUGAUGAAUCCAUAGAAACCAAAAGAGCCCGGCUGCUCUACGAGAGCAGAAAGAGGGGAAUGUUGGAAAACUGCAUCCUGCUGAGCCUCUUUGCUAAAGAGCAUCUGCACCACAUGACAGAGAAACAGCUGAACCUCUAUGAUCGCCUGAUUAAUGAGCCCAGCAAUGACUGGGAUAUUUACUACUGGGCUACAGAAGCAAAACCAGCCCCAGAAAUAUUUGAGAAUGAAGUCAUGGCACUGCUGAGAGACUUUGCGAAAAACAAAAACAAGGAGCAGAGACUGCGUGCCCCCGAUCUCGAAUACCUCUUUGAAAAGCCCCACUGAGCUGGGCGCCUCCGCCUGCCUGGCCUCAGUCUGUGAACCCGCAUGGCUUAUGAUGGAUCCCGGCCCUGUUUUCCCACUUGUCCCUAGACACUCAACCCGCCUGGACCGUUCAUCCUGCCUCAAAGGAUGGACCCAUCUCGCUCCCAGGACGUGUAAAUGUUCAGUGUGUCUCAUUCCGACGCUUUGUUCGGUCCUAGGCCUCAAAAGCAGGAUGUCAGUGUUGCCAGCCUCGGCCACAGGAGGGCACUAUAGGGGAAGCUAUUGUGCUGGCUCCUGGCUUCAGGCGCCGCGUGUGCUCUGUGAAAGGAGGCGGCGGCUGCCGGUGCUGGGUGGAAAGCGCCCUGAGCAGCCCAGAGCUUUGUUCCUGUGAAAUCCCCCCUUUCCAGUCCGAUCUGGUUCUUUCUGCCAAGGGAAGCUGAUCAAAGCCCCCUGAGCUGAGCCCUUCAAAGGCACAGCAGGCAGAAUGAGGGCAGCGAGCAGGAACGGGGCGGGCCUGCUGCUCAGGAGUCAACAUACCCAUCAGGUUUUCCUUGAAAUGUUCACUCUGGAAACAGAACCAUAAUGGAAUAUUAAAGAAUAUCUAAGAAAGGAAAAUCACA